GCGGAAGGUGGGAAGGCGCAGCGCGGAAGCGGAAGCGAAAGGUGGAAGGAAAAGGGCGGGAAGGAAGGUUUCCAGGUGGGGGCGAGCUUUCCAGGUCGGGUACGGGACGGCGGAGAGGAGGUGGUGUGGGGAGGGGAGCGGAAAAGGAACGAGAGGAAGGAGGAGCGUCGCCAGUCAUCUCUGCAGGUCUCCGCUCGUCAAUCGCCGAACCUGACAGCAGGAAGUUGCCGAUAACUCGGUCACUGCGGGAAAGAAAGAGAGAGAGAGAGAGAGAGAGAGAGAGAGAGAGAGAGAGAGAGAGAGAGAGAGAGAGGGAGGACGGAGGAAGGCAGGGGACCGGUCAAGGGUUGUCGGCCUUCGUGCGAUCUUGGUGGACAUGGCUGUCGAGCCUACGAAUGAGCCUUCAUCGGCAGAUCCGGGAGAGGAAUCAAAGGGCGCAAUUAAGGUCGCCACGGUGACAACGACGUCGGCGAAAACGACGCAGAAGAAAGUAACAUUUUGCUAUUCGCGUGAAGUUCUCCUCUCCUUCGCGGAACUCGAUGCCUGCAAAACACGUCCAGAGGGCCUCGAUCCCGUUAUCUGGAGGGAUUCACCAUCGCCUGAGAUUAUUGACAAUGGGACCGGCAGCGGAUCAACAGCAGCAGGAAUAACGGGAGGAGGAGCAGCAGGAGGUGCGGGAGGUGGAAGUGGACCGGGUGCGGCUGGUGGUUCUGGUAGCGGUGGAUCCCACUGGGUUGCACAGCGCGGAAUUCGACGCGAUCGAGACAACGAUGGAAGACCGGCAUCGGAAUCAGUUCCAGAGUGGAGGAAGGAUUCAUGGAGAUCAGGACAAGCGGCGGGGGGAGGGAGUGGAAUUUUGCCAGAUCAGACACCGCAAGGAGGACCAGGAAUUGGGGGCGUUCGACGGAGAGGAUUCGAGGAUGACCCUGGAGCGGGGGGGGGAGGAGGUCCUCCCUUUCCAGUCAGCCAUCCUCCAUCGCGCAUUGGACCAGGUGGAAGUGGUGCUGGAGGCUGGGAUAAAGGACACCGGGGCGGCUUUGAUAGGUUUGGAUCAGGGCCUGGUCAGCGCUCUGGUCCUGGACCUGGAACAGGUGGAGGGCGCUGGGAACAUCGCCCCGGUCCUACUGGAGAAGGGAGAGGAUUUGCUCGUCAGCCACAGCAGCCUCGCGAUCCGCCUGUGGAACUUGAUGAUGCUUCAGGGGAAAAUAUUGUCCUCGAUAGGAGAGGGUUCAACCAGGGAGGUGUAUCUUUAAGGCCUGGAUGGGGUGCUGGGGAGCAGCAUUCAGACGGUUUGCUAGGUGGUGGUGGAGCAGGCCGGGGCCGUGGUGAAUUCCGAUUCGGGGCAGGGAGAGGUGCACCAGGAGAUCGAUACCAGCCAGUUCGCCCAACCCCAAUAAAGGAGCCGAUAACUGUGUAUGAUGAAGCUAAUGACGAGACGUUCGGUUCCCUGGAAUCCAGCAGUACUGCAAAUCCGGAGCUGGAAAGAAAACGCCGAGAGGAGUUUGAACAGAUGCGGGAGCUUCAGCAUCGACAACGCCUUGCUGCUGAGCAGCAGGGUGUGCGCAGUGCAGAUGUUAAGACUGAGCGACGCAAGUAUGAUGAGCAGACCCUUUGGGAUGGUGACAAUGGAUUGGGAACUGAUGGUGAUGAAAGAGAAGGGAAGGCAAGUGCUGGAAUACUGGGGCCCAAUGGUACACUUGGACAAGGAGCAUCUGAUGCCGUGAGCUCAUCGCAAUCAGUUCCUGCGUCUCGGCCACUCAGAGCAGCAGUUCCACCCGGUUUUGAGAAAAAGCAGGCAAAUGGAUCCUCCUCAGCUGUUGGCCCGGUUGAUGCAAAAAGUGAUAGCAUGGAUGCUCGGCCUGUCUCAUCGGACUCAGGGACUGAAAGAGAGAAUGCCUCUCCGAAUGGAAAAUCUGAUGCUGAACUGACUGCUUCUUCCAGAGAGAACCAUACAGAAGGGCUCGCUGCGGAAUCGGCAAAGAAAGAGCAACAAACUGUAUCAUCCGCUGCAGUCGAAAGUCAGAAAACGGAUGUCAUCUCUUCCUCUGACUCUACAUCACCCUCACCUGCAACAAGUAAUGUAAUUUCUGCAAGUGCCCCGGGAACGUCAAAAGCUGUGGGUCCAGGUUCACGCCAAUCCUCUGGGAUUCCCUUUCCAGAUGGAAUGUGGAAUGUAGGCUUGCUUUUUGAUCCAUCUCCUCUCCAGAGUUUCCUCAAAGGAGCUAAGGCGGGCGAUCUGAAAGGCCUGGAAAAUGAGGAGUUGCUGGCAGCUUUUACGAGGCUUAGGGACCAGGGAGACCUCUUCCUUCCUGAGGAAGGUGACAACAAUCCAAAAGUCAGUGACUCGCUAUUGGACAAACUUUUUCAAAAUGCGAAGGCUGAUCAACUCAAGUCGUCAAGUGUUGCGCCUGCAGACGAUGAUAAGAUGCCAAAGGAUGAACGGUGGACCGGCGGGGGGACAAGCUCGAAGUUUGAGAGAUGGUUUAAACAACCAGGCCGUGAUGCCAUGGUAUCAUCCACCCAGGGUUCAGCUGAAAGCACUUCUGGUUCGCCCUUAGAGUCCACAACUGCAUCAGCAAAUCUCUUGUCGCUUUUGACAAAAGGAAGAACAGAUGCACGAAUGUCCCCUCUACCGAGCCCCAGUCCGAGUGUCCCGACGCCCAUCUCACCGCAGUCUCCUUCCCAGCCAUUGUCACUGCUGUCCCUCCAGAGUGGGGCUGCUCGGGUUUUGCCUAUGCCACAGGGCCCAUCUCUGGAAGCUAUUGAGCAAGCAAUGGCCGCUGAGGCAGCUGUAGGAAACAGAAGAAAGGAUCCGAAGAAAGCAGCAGAUCUUCAGCUGCAGCUUGACAUGUUUCUACAGCAGCUGGAAAAGGCCCGUUUGCAGAAUCUUCAAGGCAGUCCGUCCAAUGUGAUACGAUCACAAUUGCAGCUAGAGGCGGAGAACACUUUUUCAGGACGGCUUGCGGAUCUCUUGGGUGUCAAACAGAGUGAGCAGCACGUGAGUGGCAACAGCUGGAAGGCAGGGAACAGUGCUCGUGAUGUGAAUGGAGUAGAGGGUGUGAAUGCUAGUCAGGGUGUUGGCCAGGAUGGGCAGCCACUUGUCCUAACCUGUCAGCACCUUGAGCAGUCCAUUCUUGCAGAGGCUGGUGCGCGUGGUAUGCGGGACAUGCAGGCAGUGCGGAAUGCGAUGCCCGGGUUAGUGGAUGUAUCCCGAAUGAUGAUGCUGAUGUCAUCAUCAGAGCGUCGAAGCAUUGCAUCACAGCACUUGUUAGCGCUUCUUCACCGAACAGGAUCUGCACAGAGUAUGGCUCAGAACGCUGCUAGGAGAAGCACUGCGGCAAAGGUGAUGCAGUCUUUGUCGGGGCCUGGCGGUGGUGGAUUUGGACCUCAACAAGUGGCUGGAAUGGCACCGCUCACUCCAGGCUCUGGAAUGCGACCUGGUUUAUCCCCCACAGCUGGAGCGGCUUCAGGAACAGGUCCUGGAACCCCUGGUGGAGGCAGUUUAAGGUCUGCAACGAGCAUCGUUCCUAUCAGUGUGCUUGUGAACAAUGCGGGGGAGUGUCUACCCAAUAGUGGCACAGGUCCGCCUACAGGUGCGCAGUGGGCAGCAUUUUCGAAUGGUGCAAGGCCACCGCUUGGUGCAAUUGGGCCAAACACUAGGCCCCUGAAUAACAGCGCUUCGAGGGAGCAAAGCGGUUUUGCACAUGAGGGUGAGAUGCGAGGUGGCGUGCCAUGGUGUCUCAUUCCACCACAGGUCGAUCAAGGACAGCUCAGGCAAGGGAACGAGAGGGGUCCAAGCCCUCAGGGGAUGGGGGGAAAACAUCCUGGCAUGCAGCAUCAGAACUUGUCGUCUUCAGGGGGACCUCUGUAUGGUUCUGCAAAUCAGCAAGGAGGUCCUGGCAUGACCCGCCUUUCUAAUAGCGUUGGAGGUAUCGAGCGUAAAGUUGGCCUCGGGGGUAUGGAUGGGCCUCAGCCUCCUCAUGGGAUGAUGGACCGGGCCAAUGAGCCGCCAGGUGGAGGUCCUGGCAUGAAAGACAUGGGACCUGUAAAUGUUGCCAUGUUUUUUGAUAAGUAUAGAAAGAAUGCCGGUAUUGCUCAGGGCAUGGGAAGUCCUCUGGGCCCUAUGAGGGAUGUUGACAGGGGGGGACAUCCAAUGGAGCCACCGUCGAUGAUGAAACCUAUGAAAUCAGGUGUAUCGCUGGCCAUGGCGAAUCGGGGUUUGUUGAACCCACUUGGAAAGUCCCUUGGUGCCGGCGACGCAAAGGGAGAUGACAUGCUGGCGAACAUGAGUAGACUGUCUGCAUCGGGGGGCAGUGUUCCGCGGAUGAUGGGUGAACCAGGCGGAAUGAAUCGGCCGGUGCACGGAAUGGGAAUGGUGGGUCCGGGAAUGCAACCAGGUCCUGGAGUCGGACUGACAGGUAUGCUUGGCAUGCCACAUGGUCCACCAGGCAUGGGAAUGGGUGAGAGAGGUGGGAAUGGAAUGGUAAUGCAUUCGGGACCACCCAUGGGCUCAAUGAAGCCGCCUAUGCCACCUGCGCCUCCAGGUGGGCAAGGAAUGCUGCCCAUUCUGUCGCCCCAACAACAGCAGCAACUGAUGAACUCCUCACUCAUAAGGUCACAGUCACCACCCCCUCUCCUGCCAAUAAGGUCACAACACCCAUCCCAGCCCAUGCCCCAGCCAGGCCUGGGCCCUUCGGUCCAUCACCAGGGAGCCCCUCCCCAGCAGCAAAUGCGCCCACCACAGGGAAAUCCCAUGCAGCCCCAGCAACAGCCCCCAAUGCAAUUCAGCAGGGGGGGAUCCAUGGAUGUGCUUCCCCCAGGCCCAGUAUUUCCUCCCAUGGAUGGUAUGGCUCCAGGUGUCCAGGGACCUUUCAACCACAAUGGUCCUGGACCCUUCCCAUUCCCGCCACCACAUAUGAUGAUGAGCCAGGUGCCUGGAUCCCAACCGGUUGGGUUUCAUCAUGUGGGGGGACCGCCAGUGCCCUCCCACAUGGGACAAGGUGGACCCCCCCCUCCGAUGGGUGGUGGUAUGCACCAGCGAGGAGCUUUUUUGCCUCCGGGGCCGUUUAUGCAUGACCACAGCCAACCAGACCUCCGGGGAUCUCAGGGGCAACAGGGUGGAAUGGGGGGACUGUACCCAGGAGGCGGUCCUGGACACGGAGGCCCACCUAUGCCUCAAGGUGGUCCUUUCAACCAUCAGUUUCUGCAGCAGCAAGGUGUUCCACUCCCUCCGGGGCAGCAGAUGCACGGUCAAAGACCCGGCCAUAUGGGUCCAGUUGGGUUCUCGGCACCGGGGCCACACUUUCCCUUGGAUGUGAAGAAUGGUGAAUUCGGUGGUGGGUUCAACAACAGCACUGGAAGUGGAAACGGUGUUGGGGCAGGAGGGGGGGGUGGAGGAGGGGGAAAUAAUGCAGGCUUGGAGAGGUGGUUUGGUAAUGAGAUGUUGUCGCAUAUGAAUAGACAGCAUCUCCCAGCAAUGCCCGGUGGGCCGAUGCAGCAGAUGGUGCCUUUGGACGAGCUGGAGCGCAAAAUGCGCCUCCCGUAAGGAAGGGUCGGUCUUCGUUCUAGGUCUUCAUCUUUAGCGGAUCCCAUUCAUGGAUGUCGUCGUUGCCUGAACAGAUGGGGAGCGGUGCUGCUCAUUGGUAGAACUCCAGGCAGGGAGUGAGUUUUGCGUUGGGUGCUCACAUUGCAUCCAUGUGUUGUAGGAUGACCCAGAGAGAGAUUCUGAGUGGUAAUGUGUGUAGUGAGUGCAAAAUGCAUUUGUUUGCAUUUUGGAUGCGCCAUUUAUAUUUGGCCGAUCUAGAGACCCAGAGGGGGGGUGGGGAAGGGGAAAGAGGGGGGGGGGGGGGGGGGGGGGGGGAAGGGAGAGGGCUGUUCGCGUAGCAUGUCGGCAGAAGUCAGUGUAGGGCUUUUUUUUCCAUGCAUGGUUUGCAGCUGUGGCAGCAGACCUUAGGGUUGGCGGUGCACGGAAACCAUUUGUGACUGAUCUCGACUGUGGUGUUUUAAGUAGCCGCAACAGUCAUAACCCUAAGCUCAUCAUCCUAGAACGUGCUGCUGUUAUGAGCAGUAGAGCCGGUAGUAGUAAUAGGAGAGUAGCUAGCUUUGGAACUUGGGAACGUUUGUCGUAGAAGCAGGAAGGUAAUCUGUUGAAGCUGGAUCUCUUGUUCAGUUUGGGUAUUAGGACGUAAGGUCGUUAGCGUUGUGCCAGCUUCUUGUUUGGUAUCUUUAGGGUAGUAGAGAAUAGCAUUAACUCAUCCAUCUUAAUUUGGGACAUUUUCAAGGGAGAGAAGUUCAGUCAGAGAAGACAGUUUUCUAGUAGGAUGAGGGGAGGGAGGGAGGGGGGUUCGUUCGGUCGAUCUUUUGCCUUUGUUUGUUUUGUCUGUUUGUUUCGCAGUAGAGGAUACCAUUUUUUUAAAGGUGGAUGGGAGUUUAACUGAGAAAAAGGUUUCGACAGGGAUAUGGUGCGGAGAUUAUGACGAUGAUAAGGGUUGAUUUUUUCAAAAAGAACCAUGUGUUUCUUGUUUCCCAACGCAACCUGGGUUGUGUACGAGGAGCGAAGUAGUCUUUUCUCGCUCAAGUAGUCUUUUCUCGCUCGCACAGACGAGUACUUGACUUCUUGUUUGACCAUGAGGGUAGAUAUCUCAUCCCUUGAUUCCCCUUUGAAUUUCCUGUUGCCGACAGGGUCCUUGCGAUCGGAUGGGGACAGACGGUGGGUUUUACUCUGUGCAGCAGCUGCAGAGGUAAAGCUGUUUACUGUUGUUCGAUUUUCUCGUGAUCACUGCUGCUCCUGCUGCUGCUGCUGUUCCGGUCGCGAUUGGAGUAUACCAUCCAUACGGCCUUAGGUUGUUUUGCGAGUGAUGGUAUGCGUCUGAAUCCUGGAGCCAAGCAGUGUCUGUUUGUCCGCUUGAGUAUUGGAAAGGCAGCCAAGCAGGAAGAGGGGUGCACACUUCAUGGCAGAUAGUUAACGAUCACAAGAGAAGAAAGAGCGCAGCGCUCAAUGGAAAUAAGUUUGAACACUGAAGUUCGAUGGCAAUACAACCUAGGACUUGGAUUCCCCUGCGGGAUGCAAACCGUCCUCCCAUUCUCUUACACUUGAAGGUGUCGUCAUGAGCCGUGGUGAUGGGUCGCACGGAGCUGGGUGCCGCAUUGACAGUUUCGACGGAAUCAUGCUUAGGAUUGUCGUUUGUAUGUUUCCGCUGAAAGAGAGCGUAAUUCUCCAAUGCAUGUGUGUGCCCGCGUAGUACUUUCUCAUGCCAACCGUUGCCGUGAGGACGGGUCCCAGCAAAUCCUGCAGGUCCCUGCAUGUUGAUGCGCCUUGAAUAGCACUUGUGUGCGUCUGUAUCGGUGCGGCAGGAGAAAAGUGAAAUGGCCCCUGAAUGGCUGGAAAGGAGCUGUGUUUGGGAAACAGAGGGAUCUUAGGGCGGGGGGAGGGAGAGCCAGGUGGCUUUGGGAAGAAAGGUGGUGGAUUGCGGAGUCCUCCGCGCACUGUUUCGAAAAUGGCCGUCUGAAGAUGAAUUUUUUUUUGCUGGUCUCUGCAUCGGAAUAAUUGUGCUGCCUAUCCUCUGUUUUGCAUUACCAUUUCAUUUCCGUGCCCGUUAUCGUGUGCUUCCGCUGCUCCGCACUGCAUUCGAGUCUACGUAUCAAUAGAGGGCUUGAUUGCGUAGCAACUUCUCUGCAGCCUGCCUGCAGGUACAGAGCAGUUCAACAUAUUUCCUUUUUUUUUUCUUAGGUUAAUUUGAUCAACGUUUUUCUUUUCUACCACUGCUGCAGAUUUGUUUCUUGGGUUGAACUCUAAUGAAGUAGAUUUUCUGCUUAGGAUUACAUAUGGUAAACUUCUGUAGGUUUAGGUUAGUGUCCACUGGUGUAGAUUAAAUCGAUUCGUCGUAGGCAUGGUUGAUGACAGAUACAUACCAUAGAUAGGAUGGCGUGUGCUUUGUCGAGGGCAGUAGUAGGUUUUUUGGUGUUAACAUCGGUGAGCAGAGUACAGUGAAAGGUAAGCAGUGUUUGGACUUAUCUGCUCAGCGCAGAUGUGCGACUGUCUUUUUGAAAUCGGAGAUUUGCACCGUGAGCCAUCUAAAACAUGGGAGUAUAUCAGCUGUUGGCAUGUUGCCACUCGGUCUGAGGGUAUAUGUGACAAUGUCUGGUCAGGGUUACAGGUCGACUGGUCCGGAAAUACCAUGGAUUGUCCUUCGCUGCAGGCACUCUUGAGUCUUCGUCGGUGGUCGGUGCCUGCAAUACGAGCGCGCAGGCAAUACCAUGUGAAUAUUGAGCCACAACUCU